UUAUUUCGUACUACUUGUAUAUUAAACCAAGAUCUGUAUCGAGUUAAUCAGUCCAGCUUCGCAAGUCAGACUCUACUAAUCCGUAGUUCCAAAAUUCUUACACAACACAAGAAAGAAAAGAAAAGAAAAAGGUGGCAGGUGCCUGAAGGCUGAAACUAGCGAAGUCAAAAAGCGGUCAUUUCUUUUAUUCUCGGCGGUUCGUCUUACUUCCGAUCUUCACAUUCACGCUUUCUCUCUCCUAAUUUCUUCUCUUUCAUUUUCACAUCUCAUCAUAUUUACAAUUACUCAGGAUUAUGGAUUCAAAUUCCCCAGAAUUCGAUUAUUUGUUUAAGUUAUUGAUGAUUGGUGAUUCUGGUGUUGGAAAGAGUAGUCUCUUGUUGAGUUUCACCUCCGAUACUUUUGAAGAUCUUUCUCCUACAAUUGGUGUUGAUUUUAAGGUCAAGUAUGUAAACAUUGGUGGCAAAAAGCUGAAGCUUGCGAUUUGGGAUACAGCUGGGCAAGAGAGAUUCAGGACCUUAACAAGCUCAUAUUAUAGAGGAGCACAAGGAAUCAUCAUGGUAUAUGAUGUGACAAGGAGGGACACAUUUACUAAUCUCCGUGACAUAUGGGCAAAGGAGAUUGAUCUCUAUUCGACUAACCAAGAUUGUAUCAAAAUGCUUGUUGGAAAUAAAGUCGAUAAGGAAAGUGAAAGAGUUGUUACAAAGAAAGAGGGAAUCGACUUUGCUAGAGAGUAUGGAUGCUUAUUUAUUGAAUGCAGCGCAAAAACACGUGUAAAUGUGCAGCAAUGCUUUGAAGAGCUUGUAUUGAAGGUUUUGGACACACCAAGCCUUUUAGCUGAGGGCUCAGCAGGAGUAAAGAAAAACAUCUUCAAGCAAAAACCACCCGAGGCUGAUGAAUCUGCAAGUGGUUGUUGCUAAUUCUGCAGGUUUUCACUGUAGUUCUUUGCCUUUUUCUUCUGGGUGUGGUUGGUGGCUGGGUGGUUUCUUUGUAAAUCUUAUGCUUGAUAAACUGAAAUUGGAACUUGUAAUGUUGAAUUUGUUUUGAUCUUUGAUAUCGGUAAUACUGACUGGUCAUGCCUUGAUUUGAAAGUUAGUGCAGAUAUCACCUUGGAAGAAUGCAGAAAUACGCAUGUAUUUCCAUGCUAGUAUUCGUAGCGUCGUUGCACCACUUAUUCUUCGUUCUCUGUUCUUUUCUUUGGUGGUACAGGUAGUGAAAUGAUGAUUAUAUGUAAAAUUGUAAGGCAGUUUUGCCAAUGCUCAUUUGAAUGGACAUCCACCCCAAACAUGUGUUUUCCUUCAUCAAUUUUCUUAGUAUUAUUGGAAAUUUAUGAAGGAAAAGAGAUGUUUGGGAGUGGAUAAGCUUGCAGCGAACAUUGGCAUAAGUAUUGUCCUUAAAAUAUAAGACUAUAUCGACUUAUUUCUAUUGCCUCAAUUUGUCGUCUAUAAACAGAACAUUGUACGUGAGGUUGUGACUUGUGAGUAGAAGUUUUUGUUAAAUGUAAU